AUGAUAGAACUGAAUCAACAGGCUUGUGACAAAGUUUUACUUAAAAUCGCAGUUCAAUUAAAAGCCAAGUUGGACAAUACUUUUGAUACAGAUUCUCUUUUAGAACAACUUUCAACGCCUGAAAUUGAUUCAAAACGGAAAAUAGAGCUGUGGGAGAGAUUAAAGGUUUAUUAUUAUUUUUAGGAUUCGGGUUAUUUUUGUGGAAGGUGGGAGACUUGAGGAGUUGUUUCUGGUGUGAGUAGGCCUGUUACGAUUUUGAAUAAAUUUGGGAGACUUGGAGUGUGUGUAUAGUUCCGUUGAGAUUUUAAAGGAAUUUGGAGGGGCUUGAAGUUGUGUCCUCUCUAUGUAUGUAUAAGGGAUGCCUUAAGUUUUAAGGAUUUGGUAAUAGUUAAGUUUGUGUUUCCCUUUUUUUUAUUCUGCUGUAGGGUAGUGUACCGAGGUAAUAGUUCGGGACUUGGCAUGUCACUCCUAUAACGGUCCAGAAUCAUUUUCGGAAAUUGGGAGUGGUACCGUUCGACUGAGCUCGUUGAGACGAAUCGUGUGACAUAUGUCACGUCCCGAACUUUUACCUCGGUACACUACACUACAGCGGAAAGAAAAAAAGGGGAAACACAAACUUAACUAUUCCAAGGAUUUUUAUUUUUUUUCUCUGAUCUCCUAAUUUCUUUAUAUGUUUGUUUUUGGUAGCCUUAAGUGUUUUUCUGUGUUCCAAAAAAUAAAUUAGGUCCAUGGUUCCGUUCUUGACAGUUUUAACUUGUUGAAGUUCUAAGGUUAUUGCUCCAUGGGGUUUUGCUUCCUGGUAGUUUAGUAAGCCGG